UUUUGAGACAGGCUCUCACCCUCCUUAUCCUCCAGCCACGCCUUCUGACUCUGGUUGCUCCCAGGUGGCAUCAGCAACACGUGGCCAACUUUUCCCCUUACGAUGCCUGUGUGGAUGAAUAAAUAUAAACCAAUUCCCAAACUCUCCACUCAGUCUCCUGUCCAUCAUACCAACUUGAGGACCCAGCCCUCAGACAGACCCUUUGGGAAAGAAGACUUAAGUCGGAUUUCAAAAGAUUCCCUAGAAUCAGAUUCAGAAAGCCUCCUUCAAGAGGUUAAGUUCCAGUCCGAGGUUGAGGACAAAAAUAUGGAGCCUGACAGCUUAGAGGAAGCAAGCCUCAGUGAGACAGAAGAGGAAGCCAACAGAAAAGCAGCCCAUGGGGCCAGCAAGGAGGACGUGGGAGCCCGUGGUGGUGUGAAUCACAGCCAGCAUCAUGUAGAAGACAAAUAUUCAGACCUUCGGUAUGAUCCCAACUGGAAGAAUAAGAAAGAGGAGGUGCAGCCAUUGGCUGUGGAAGCCUUGCCAGGGUCUGCUGAUAGCUCUUCAGACAGCCUGCCUGCGGCUCCCGUUUACCCUUCCAGGGAGCCUUCAAUGGGACUCUCGGUAGGAAAAGGCAAAAAGAAGAGGAGUCCUCAGAGCGAAGUCUCCUUACUUGGAAGCGAGUUCCUAAGCCCAAACUAUGAGUGUGGCACCCGUCAAAAUGAGUCCUUUUCAGAACUCAGCGACAGUGACCAGGAGAAGUCAAGCAACCUAUCUCAGUAUCUGAAGAGCUCAAGUUCACAUAAUGAAGUCUUCCUGCCUGGAUCACGGGGGCCCCGGAGAAGGAAGUCCAAACAAUAUUUUGUGGAAAAAAACAAGCUGACCUUGGGCUUGCCGACUCCUAAACCAGACUCUUACCUUCAACUUCACAAUAAAAAACGAGGAGAGACCCGCCUGGAACAGGUCUCCUACCCCAUCAGAGGUACUGGCAAGAUGGCUAUCCAGAAUGACAAAGAAGUCGAAAACACUUCCAUGGAUCCUGAGGACAAAUGGCAUCAGAGAGCAAAACAGCUCAAGAAUUACCAAGAACAUUUAUCUCAAUAUGAAGAUACAAAAACAGGCAAAGUCCCAAGAGGUCAGUCUUCUGAUGCAGCCAAUGGGCAGCAAUCUUCCAGAAGAACAGGAAAGACAAGGAGGGUUCAUAAACAGAAGAGACACCCAAAAGAGCUUGUUCUCGAUCAAAAAAAUCAGAAUUACCCUCUCCAACAGCCACAAAACCAAAGGCAGCCUGUGGAUGAUGCCUCAGCAAAACACAAACUGGCCACAUAUAUGAACUCUUCUAACACUGACUUACAGGACUCCAGAACACUCACCCACAAUCCCCAAGUCACUUCCGACACAUUUGUUCCUCCCGAACAGGGUUUUGACAGAGUGUUGUAUAAAAACUCUGUCUUGGGGCUGAACACUAAUAGAAAGAGAGGACACAGACAGGAAGAAGAGAAAAGAUUUUUGUAUAAGCAGCAGCCCAACUACAUGCUCUUUGAUAUGGAGCUACAAGACUUUAAUGAACUUUCUCACAGAUACGUGCCCCAGGGCCAGAAAGGUCCUCAGUCUGAUUAUGACAUGAAUACACACAGGUCAACAAAGAUCAAGAAGCCAUCCAAACAGCCACAGGCAGAGACAAAAUACAAGAACAUAGAGAUGCUAUGGAAAUUCCACUCUUCCUCAGACAUGGAGCAUGUUAGUGCCUCUCCAGAUUCGCGGCUUGCCCAGAUCAUGGAGCAGCACCAGCAAGCCCUGGUGCAGCUGGCGGAAGUGCAGCCCAGCGAGGGUUCCUUGUCCAGCACCACACUCCCGCCCAUCCUGUCCAGGGUGGAAAGUGAAUUGCAACUCCACUCAGAGAGAAACCACAGACACCAGAUGAAGAUGACCCGUAGUAAUUCGGAAGGCUACCUGCUUCAGCUGGAAAGAGGGAGAAAACACAGAAAGCGCAGCGGCACAAAGAGUUCCAAGGUGAAAGGUUAUCAGAAAACAGACGUGAAGCUUGGAGGCCUGGGACCUGACUUUGAGUCUGUGAGAGACAAAAUGCAAAAAUUAAUGCAGCAAAAAGAAUAUGCAAGGCAAGUCCAGGAAUACAACAUGAAGACACUGUCGGUUCUGUCCAAACCAGAGACAGCAAAAACUGAAAGCAAACCAGUGAUUUCUCGACAGAAGGCUUUGGAAUAUGCUAAGACCAUCCCCAAACCCAAACCACCAAGUCUGACUGAUCAAGCAGCAAAGAAAAGUAAGAACAGGAGGAACACGAGGAACCGUGAAAAAGAAGGAAGCUUACCAGAAAUCUCCUUGCUGGAGAUCCUGCAGAGCAGGCAUGAACGAGAAAAGCAGGCCGUGGCUGCCUUCAAAGUCCUUCAUAUCGUCUAGACAGCAUUUGGUGGGGAGCAAAACUGCUGUGCAAGGGACACAGAGAAGACUAACAACCAGUUCCAUCUACUCUGAGUGGUAAACUGGCGCUGUGGCCUGCCUCCCACUCUUGUCUUCUCUGUGCAGAAGUUAGUGUGGGUCCCAGACACUGGGACAUGUUUACCCUUCAGGAUAUAAAAAUCCAUAUUAUUAUAUUAUUAUUUAUUUUCAAAUCUGUUAGAAUUGGGGCUGAUAAAGAAGAGCUAGACAAUAAAGCCAUUGCUUCAUAUUGGA